GUGACACUCUAGUCAAUGUACCAAUGUUCAGACGGUCUUCCUUUGUAAAUUUGAUUACAUCAUAAUCCAGCCGUUCCGAGAAAAGGUUCAUUAAAAUGUAUAAAGCUGAAAGCAUAAACAUACGGGAAGUAUACAUGCAACUAUUAUUCACCAUUAGACAUAAAGUAAAAGGUAUAACAGCAAAUGAUGGCCGACUUGGAACCGCAUUUAAACCUAAAAACGUUUUGGUACGACACAUUUAAUGCUACGUUUAAUGUAUUUGACCGCGACGAAUGGCACCUUGAGCCCACGAACACAGAGAUGACUGGCAGCGGAUGGUACACAUAUCAAGACAAAGCAAAGGUCAAGUUCGUCUGUUCUGACUGUGGGCGCUCGUGGACAUCGAUGAAAGGAGUUGUGAUAUUUUGGUUCCAACUAAAUAAAGAAACUCAUAAAGGAAAUCUACGUUUCAAGCUGUUUGGACAAAAAUGCAACUCCAAUUGUACAGACACUUUCCAAAAACCAAGGUGGUAUCGCGAGGAAAUAGAAAAAGUCCUUUCGAACAUUCUCCAAAAGAUAGGCGAGAAAUUCUACUCAUUUAAACCCAAAGAGAGCGAUACAAAGACGAGACAGGGUCGCCCCAGAAAACCUCACAACACCUCGAUGUGUGAAGCUUGUCAGAUGGGAGUAUGCAACAAAUCAAGAGGAUAAUACUGUCUUCUCUACUUCGUCGUUAGUUAUAGAAGAUUCCGUCAUAGCUCAGUUAAUUAAUCAACUAUUUUUACUUUAAGUGUUAGUACCCGUCUGGUGUUCAUGACCGCUAUUAUGGUGAUAGAACAGCUUCUCUUGAUGCACGACGCAUCAAAAAAUAAACGAGUCUGCAUAACGAGUUAUUUUCACCAAAAAUAUAAGCGAGCUUCAGAACGCUCCCUGAAAAUAACCCAUUUUAUUUCGCGCGCCUGCGAUAUUUUUGAAAGCGUCCGCUCAUAUCAAGAAUCGUCUCAUUGGGACCUUUCUCAAACGUAGGACAAAAAGCUGGACAUGUGCAUUCGUUUUGUAAAAGUUUAUUGUCUUGUCAAGAUAGUUUCAUCAUUAAAAUAAUUUUCUGACAAACAAGACAUGACAGCUAAUUAAGGUCAUAAAGACAUUAAAUAUAGCCGUGUAAUAGAAAGAGKCACCGAUUGGACAAUAUGUUGCUAUGACAAUAUGUUGCUAUGAAUGCUAUCUAGAAAACCUUACACCGGGCUUCCUGUGGUCAUGAGGAUUUAGUGGGAGGCAUUCAUACCUACAAUGACGAUGCCUUAUCAUUAUUGAUAAGAUAUUAUUAUUUUAUUACUACGACUAAUUAAGUAUGGUCAGUGAAUGGCUGAUUUGUAAAAUGGUUGACUACUUGCA